AUGCCGUCGCCAACCGAGUUUAAGAUCAUCAUCGUCGGUGGAGGUGUCGCUGGCCUCACCCUCGCCAACAUGCUCGAGAAAUUCGGCCUUGAUUACGUGCUUCUGGAAUCGCACGAGGCUAUUGCGCCCCAAGUCGGCGCAAGCAUCGGCCUGUUCCCCAACGGUCUUCGGAUCCUCGACCAGAUCGGGAUCCAUGAUGAGAUCAAGGACGUCUUCAAGGGAAAUGUCCCUUACGCUAAAACGCACUCGAGGAAUCAGACUGGCAAGGUUGUUUCGACCAUAGGCAAUAUGAGCGAGCAUUUGGAGAAGAGACAUGGCUACGGCUUGCUCUUCUUUGACCGGCAAGUCCUGUUGCAGAUCUUAUACGACAACAUCCAAGAUAAGUCAAAGAUCUUGACUGGGCAAAAGUUUAGCUCGGCUGAGCUAGAUGACGACGGCGUCACUGCCGUCUGCACCAACGGCUCUACAUACCGCGGGACGUUCCUCAUCGGCGCAGAUGGCAUCCAUAGCAAGGUUCGCACAGCUAUGAGAAGCUGGGGAAACAAGUAUGAGCCCGGCGUCUUUGAUGAGAAAGAGGAAGACGAGGUUCCGUGCUACUACAAGUGCAGCUUUGGAAUUGCCGUUGAUGUGCCCAACUGGGUUGGCGGCGAGCAGCACAUCGUCACUGGUCUGGAGAGAUCUCAGCUUGUCGUCUCGGGACCUGACAACCGCGUGUAUUGGUUUCUGUUCGAGAAGCUUCCUGAGCCUCGAUAUGGUAAAGACAUCCCGAGGUAUUCGAAGAAGGACGAAGAAGACUUUGUGAAUCACAACGCCAACCUCCCAAUUACCGAGAGCAUCACGUUUGGGCAAGUCUUUGCCUGCCGAUUGACUUCGACACUGACGCCUCUACACGAGGUUGCAUACAAGAAAUGGUUCUUCAGAAGGUUUAUUACCUUUGGUGACUCAGCUCACAAGCCAAACCCAAUCGGCGGCCAAGGAGGAAACGGUGCUAUUGAGUCUUGUGCUGAGCUCAUCAACGCUCUGCUUGAAACAAAGAAGAACAGGGGCGAUUCUUUGAGCAAUCUGACAACGGAAGAGAUUGAAGAUGUCUUUGCGAAAAUGCAGAAUGCAAGGUACCAAAGGGCAAAGGAAAUCGUCGUUUUGGCACACAAAAUGCAGGCCCUCAAUGCCUAUGAAAACCCCUUGCUUUCUACCGUGGUGCUGGAGCAGCUCGGUCCCCUUGCUGGCCCUGAGUCGGUUUUGUGUAUGAUGGGAAAAGUCCUACUGGGCGGUACUCGAAUAAAGACACUGCCAAUCCCGAAGCGGCCGCGCCUAAUCCCUUACAAUGACGAGCUUCCAGCCGUCCCCAUCGAGGAGGACUCGGUAUCAUGGCUUGUGAGAGGCGGCCAGCUCGCAUCCAUGGCUGCCUUGAUUCUCAUUAGCGCCAAGGCGUUCCGCCUUCCCUUUGAUGAAAUCGCCAAAUGGGCGGCUGAGGAACCUAUUGUCAUCCGUUGGUUCGGCCAGGGUAAAGCCUCGGACUUCCUUAACAGCCUGGUAUCCGUCCUGGCAAUUCUCGUGGAACAUGGUCCUGCCACUAGGCUACAGGUCGUGAACUUUCUGUUCCAGCUGGUAUCACCACUCCUGAUUUAUACCAUCGAGGCGAACCGUGUUGGUAACCAGGGCACCCCUCUGGCCCUGGAUCUCCUCUAUUCAUUUGGAAUGCAAGUCCAAGGCAUCGGUCGCAUCGGUCCCCUCCACGCAGCCCUGCAGGCUGUAUUCACCCACGAGCGUCCCACAGGGCGUCAUGUGCCUGUAGAGACAGCGAAGGCUUUGAUACCUGCCAUUACGCUCGGAUACGUUAUUCCAACAAUCAUGGUCUUUGCGCGGACGCCGAAUACAGUGGCAUGGCAGCACGCGCUUGCUCUUUGGCAAUUUGCACCACCCCUUGUCGGCCUCCUCACCCGGGGAAUUUCGUCUCUUCUGAAAAGCUACCAGCGUGGCAUCGGAAAGAGCGAGGAGGACGAUAAAGAUGGUCUUGAGCGCUACAAGAAUACAGAUGUGCCGAUCUUGAACUCGGUAUACACGUAUGCGUUCGCAGCCCAGGCGACGGUUCACAUUGCGUCGAUGUUGUAUGCUUGGGCACACCCUGAGCUUUCCAUCUUCAAGACAUUCUUUCAAGUCCCGAAUCCUUUCAAGCCAGACUGGAACCUGCCAACUGUCGGUGCCAAGCUGGGCGUUUUCUUCAAGUAUGAUAUGCUGCUGGCCUCGGCAGCUUCGAUCGCAAGCGGCCUUUACAGCAUUUGGGAUCUGCGCCGCCUCGGCUAUGUCGAGACCAAGGACGCUCUCAUUGCUGGGGCUAGCACCAUCGCAGGCCAGUUAUUAGUUGGGCCUGGCGCAACUUGGGCCGGGCUUUGGUAUUGGCGCGAGAACAGGCUCGCAGGCUUAACCACCAGGCGCCAGUAG